AUGUUCAGACCAUCAAUGUCUCCUCUUAAUAAUGGUUUCGUCAACUCGAGAUGUUCAUUGGAGUCGAGGAAAAACCAUCGAGGCAUUUCUGACGAAUUCCAUUUACCAUUUGCUCCAAUUAUAAAAGGUUGUGGAUUAUCUUAUCACGCAUAGUGGACCGUUAUCUUUUUUUCAAUCUCUGUAACUCUGGUGUGAGUCAUUUGAAAAGUGUAUAUACAGUAAAAAGAACUCAAGAAUUGUCUAUGGCAGAAUGCUAAAAAUGUCAUAAGAUUUAAAGAAUGAAAACGAUUUGUUUUUUACUCCUAACAUUCUAUGGCGUUUGCGUCGUGAUAUCAAGUAAGCAGAUUCCUGAACAUUUAAUAAAAUGUUACAAAAAUGAAAAUAUUUGGGGAUUUCAACUGCCAUUAAAUUUAAGAGUAAUUGUUGACAUUAUCCGAAAAAUUGAAAGGCAAUCUUUUUCAACUCUUCAUAUGAAAACACUGACAACUUCUUUAUUGCGAAGAUUCAAAUUAGAUGGAAUUCAUCGGAACAGUGAAGUUUCUUCGUCGAGUAGAAUUUUGCCAUUUAUUGCAAAUCAACCGCAAAGAAUAAAACAGGAAAUAAUUGAGGAAUUGAUUCCUGGAGAUGAUAGAGCAUUCCCGGCUGUAAAUCUCACAUUAUUAGAAUAUUGCACCCUACAUCAGGCAAUUUCCAAUACCAUUUGGUAUUCUCAACGCAAUGAUGAAGAUAAUUUUUGUAUUUCUGGUCCCUUGGAAAAAAUUGUCGACGACAUUAAUCAACGAAUUAGACAUUGUUAUUUAUUGGCGACAUUUGCACGAGAUUUAAUGACAAAAUGCAUUGAUGAAAAUGUAACAACAGCGGAGAAACUUUGUCCAAAAGAAAAUGGUGUUAUUUUAACACAAUUUGGCACAAUUUCACUGGGAAGUGUGAUUAAUGCUAUUGCAGCAUCUCUUGUACCACAAAAAGUUCAACUCAAUACUUUAAUUUCUUUGAGAAAUCAAAAAUAUUCGAAGAACGAAUCGAGUAAAUUUAAUUUUAAUCAAGAAGAAGUUGAUCUAAUUGUUCCGAAAGAUCAAAUAAUGUUACAACGAUCAAUGUGGAUACAAUCACUGUCCCAUUCACCAUUGAAAUUGAAUAAUAUUUGGGCUGCAUCCCUGGCAGGAGAAUUAGCCGAAGUUGUUGUUUAUCAAGGACCAAUUUUUACAUCGACAAUGUCAAUUGGAGCAACAGGAUUUUGGAACAGUUCAAUACGACCUGCUGUCUUUUAUGUGUCUAAUAAACGUGGUCUUUUCGAUGCAACGAGAGCGGAAAUAAUUGGAAGCAUCGACGGUCUGGUGAUUGCUAAAAAUUUACCUCUCUGGAUGGAAAAUUUCGAUAGUCUUCGAUUGAGUCAAAUUUUAGAUAUGUAUUAUUCCAAUCGAGGAGUUUCAUUCAAUAAGAAUAUAAAAGCUUGCGAGAGGGGGAGAAAUUUUAUUCACAUUGCGCCUGGAACGAUAAUUGAAGAAGAGACUUUCGCAAUUUCCAAACUUUUGGCUUAUCGAAAUGGUGCUGUUUACAUGGACGAUGUGAAUUUACAAAAAUUUGUAAAUUAUGCGACCAAUACGUUCUCUUAUUAUGUGAAUAAUCACGUUUUUACUGAAUCGAGAUGUCGCGAGGAAACUCGUCAACCACGAGUGGAACUUAUUGUUACAUUUGAUGGUUCCUGGUCACCGGAAUACACCAAUGAUUUUUUAUCCGUUUUAGUAGAAGAUGUCGACGUUUCUCUAUUUGGAUCAAAAAUGGGAUUAAUACACGCAACAAGUGGAAAAUGGUUAUUUAAUCUCACGAAUAGUCCGGCUAGUGUUUAUGAAAAUUUACGCAAUUUAACAAAAAUGAAAUGGCCUGGUGGAUUAAAUUACACCGCAGUGCUUGAAGGAGUUUUCGAUUAUUUAGAAAUUGCUUGGGAAGAAAAUAGAAAAACGUCUAAUAUCGGAAAUGUGGGACAGGCUCUUCUUGUACUUGCACCUCGAACUCGAUUAAGUGCAAGCGAUCAACAGUCGGCAUUGAAUCUCAUCUUGAAAAUUAAACAAAAACAUCCAGAAAUGCAUUUUCUCUAUUUCGUGAUGAAUGGAGUAACAGAUUUUUUUCAAAAGUUCAUUAUUUCCGAUGAAGAUCAUUUAAUAUUAAGUCCUACAAUAGAUGACAUUACAAGACUUCUUACGGAAAUUCCAGUAACUUUGAGACCAGUGUUUGGUCAUAAUAAUUCUCUGGGAGUUGCAAAAAUGCAAAUGGAAGACUACAUCAAUCUCGAAGAAUCGAUCACGUACAAAUUGCAUUCACACUGGAAAUCAAAUAUCAAGAAAACUACACUAACAGUUCACGGAGUUGGAUAUGGAACAAUAAAAAUAUGCUUUCGAACGAAACAGAAACUUGAAGACUCGCCAAAAGAAUUAAAUUGUCAAACAUUAUCGGCCUUUGAGGAUAUUAAAUUCGAGGAUUUUUCUCCUUGCUCCUGGAACAAUUGCUCUCAUCUCUUCUAUGAGGUUCAAUAUCAGAAAUCUUUAAUGAAAUGCGCAGAAAUUGAUUGCAAAACUCCGAAUCAAGUAAGAUACAUAUUACAAAUAGAAAACGUGCUGUCUUCAAAGUGUCAGAAAAUAAUUUCCAGAUUUAAUCUCGUAAUUAUUACAAUAUUAGCUACAUUUUAUAUUUUUUAAAAGGGAAAGAGAGAAAGAGAGCAUAUUUUUGAGUGAGAGCAGUACUGAUAACUAAAUAUAAGCUACAAUGUUAUUUUAUAAAAUAAGGUAAACAAUUAUUUAUAAAAUAAUACAUUUAGUAUUUGAAUUACAAAU